AUGUCCAGCUGCUGCUCCGGGUCUGGAUAUGUAUCAGGGCAUCAUGGCCACUAACGGACCGCCUUCCUACGACGCCGGCUUUCUGCACGGGGCCACGGCCGGCUCCUCGCCGGUCUACGUGCCGACCACCCGUGUGGUCACCCCGAUGAUUCCGGCGCUGCAGUACCUCCAGACGCCCGGCGCGUCGCAGCAGAGCAGCCCGGGUUCGAGUCACUCCUCCUGGUCGCAGCCGGGCGCCGAGGCGUCGUUCAGCCACUCCCCGGUGUCUCCGCGCUUCGGCUUCUCCACCAGCCCGCCGCUGAGCUCCGGGGUGUCCGCCGGGGGGCGCGAGCUGUCCUACAGCGGCCGGGAACACUACGCCGGGCCCGGCCGCGGCCUGAGCGGCUCCUACCACAGUCCAUACCCCGCCUACAUGAGCACCAACGUCGGCGGGACGUGGGCGGCGUCCCCGUUCGACAGCCCGGUGCUGCACGGCCUGCAGGGCGGCGGCGGCACCCCGGGCCCGACCCGGCACCCAAACAUAGAUCUGUUCGACGACUUCGCUGAAGGUCGUGAGUGUGUGAACUGCGGUGCGAUGUCCACCCCGCUUUGGAGGCGGGACGGUACCGGCCACUACCUGUGUAACGCCUGCGGACUCUACCACAAGAUGAACGGCAUCAACAGGCCGCUCAUCAAACCCCAAAGACGACUGUCUGCCUCAAGGAGGGUGGGACUGUCCUGCACCAACUGUCACACCACCACCACCACCCUGUGGCGACGAAACGCAGAGGGAGAGCCGGUCUGCAACGCCUGUGGACUCUACAUGAAACUCCACGGGGUCCCACGACCGCUGGCUAUGAAGAAAGAAGGGAUCCAGACCCGCAAACGCAAACCAAAGAACCUCAACAAGUCCCAGAUGGCUGUGGACACCUCAGGGACGCCCGGCGGUGAGGGCACUCCAGUCACACCAAGCAGCACUCCCCGCGCCCCCCUGCCCUCAGAGGAGCCCCGACAAAUAAAGACGGAGCCGGACACUCGCAGUCUGUACAACCACCACAGCACACACUCGCAGAUUUCGGCUCUUCCAGCCUACAUGUCGGCUCAAGGAGGCGCCAUUCCUUUGAAAAUGUCACCAGGGAGCCACAGCGGGUCUCCUGGUUCUAAAGCUGAACCCUGGAACAACCUGAUCCUGGCUUAGAACGACUCAAUCCCAACGUCUCGCCUGCACUGGACACCAGGUUUUCCGUAAAGCAGAUUACUGCUGUGGGUGCAGAUUACCGCCGUCCACUACCUUCAGGCCUUUGGGAGAUAAACGUGGAGGCCACAGCAGAUUUGGGACUCUUCCACAUCUGAAACAGUCAGACCAACCGUGCACAGAACUGUUAUUAACGUGCAACACUGACACUGAAACACACAAACUCUGGAAGUGGAAAAA